AUGGUAUCCGCUGCCCGUCUUCGAGUUUCGCCCCCGGAGCCGCCAGAGGCGCACAAGAAGGGGGUGAUGGAAUCCAUCAGCGACACCGCAUCCAAGCCCGGCAAGGCAGGACGUCCAGUUCUUCUCUCGUUCGAUGAGAUGCCGGAAUGGUACCGACGUGAAGCCAAUCAGUGGAUUCUCCAUGGCUAUCGGCCCAUCUCGGGCUCGGCUCACGCUUCGUUCUGCAGUUGGUCGUAUAUCCACAACGAGUCGGUCAACAUCUAUACCCACCUCAUCCCGGCCGUUUUCUUCCUGCUCGGCGAGUGGUAUAUCCAGCAGUAUCUUACCAGCAGAUACUCCAGGGUCACUGGCGCUGAUUUCGUUGCCUUCUCCAUCUUCAUGUUGGCGGCCGUCACGUGUCUGUCGUUGUCGGCGACGUACCAUACAUUGAUGAACCACUCCAAACACGUGGAACAUUUAUGCCUGCGACUGGACAUGCUGGGUGUAGUGGUCUUCAUACUGGGGGACCUUGCCUUGGGAAUAUACAUGGUUUUCUGGUGUGAACCUUUGCCACGCAAUAUCUACUGGUCUAUGAUUGGAGUUUUCGGGACAUUGACCAUCUUCAUGACAAUGCAUCCCAAGUACCAGGGUUCAAAGUAUCGCCUCUUCCGAGCGUUGAUGUUCGUGGCGACUGGCCUGUGCGGUGUUGCGCCUUUGAUCCAUGGACUCAGUGUGUUCGGCAUAUCGCAGAUGAUGAGAAAAGCUUUUCCCUAUACUAUGGCAAAAGCAGGCUGCCUUUUAUCGGGGACUGCGUUUUAUGCAACUAGGUUUCCCGAAAGUCGAUAUCCCGGCAAAUUCGACCUAUGGGGCUCCCAUUCGAUCUUUCACAUCCUGGUGGUAUGCGCCGCUGUGGUCCAGCUCAUGGGGUAUCUGGAUGCCUUCGACUAUGCUCACGCAAACCUUACUUGCUCGUCUGUGUGA